AACAGAAAGUGAAGAAGACUGCAGCAAUGGCAAGAACCAAACAGACUGCUCGUAAGUCCACCGGAGGCAAAGCCCCGAGGAAGCAGCUCGCUACCAAAGCCGCUCGUAAGAGCGCUCCGGCCACCGGCGGCGUCAAGAAGCCCCAUCGUUACAGGCCCGGGACCGUGGCUCUCCGAGAGAUCCGCCGUUAUCAGAAGUCUACCGAGCUGCUGAUCCGCAAACUGCCCUUCCAGCGGCUGGUGAGAGAAAUCGCUCAGGAUUUCAAGACGGAUCUGCGCUUCCAGAGCUCCGCUGUCAUGGCCCUGCAGGAGGCCAGCGAGGCUUAUUUGGUCGGUCUGUUUGAGGACACCAACCUGUGCGCCAUCCACGCCAAGAGGGUCACCAUCAUGCCCAAGGACAUUCAGCUGGCCCGCCGCAUCCGUGGAGAGCGCGCCUAAACCCGCAUCAGCCACAUCAAACCCCAAAGGCUCUUUUAAGAGCCACCAAAAUUACACUGAAUGAGACCAUUUCCAGUGUAACGCUUAAUAUGGGUCAAAAGUUACGUUCUUUCAUUGCAUAAAGAUUAGCUGGGUCUUCUUUCUGCAGGACACCUCAGCCCUGAGGUUGAAGAUGAGAUUGUUCAUUGGUGUAAAAACAAGAAAUUUAAAUGUAUCAAUAUUACACGUCAUGUAUGAGCCAUAUUUUGUACAUUAGUUUUUGUCUUUUGCAUCACAUAGAACAAAUAUCGAUGACUGGCUUUUUACGCAAAUCUUAAUAGACCAGAGAGAUAAAACUCAUGCAAAUAUCUUUGAAUAUAUAUAUAUAUAUAUUUUUUUUUUUUUUUUUAAUUUUGCUGAUCAUUUUCUACUUUUGCAUGUUUAAGGGUUAAAAUGUACAGUCAGUAAAGUUGAGAGUAUCAAACGCAAUCCUGCAUUUAUCAUUGCAGCUUUGAUACAAUUUUGUCUGCGUCUCUAGUGUUUGAGUUUUCUAAAUGAAAAUUAAAAUAUACAUGAACAAACACACAGGCAUAAACCGAAGAUAUAACCGAUGUGCCACUCUAUUUAAUAAUUUUACUUCAAUAUUGUGAUAUGACGUCUUGUGUCCCUCUUCCUAAGUAGAAUACCACUUUAUUAAACAUCAAACAGAACUAUUGUAAAUUACUAUCUUUGUGAAAUAAAUUUUAUGAAACCUGAAAUUUAACAAAAAACGUCAGGGGGAAUA